UCCCUCGUUCCCCGCACAUUCGUCGUCAGGGUCUCAUUUUCUCUCUUUCUCCCUCAGUGGAUUUACGCCCUAUAGACUCUGUGAAAACUUAACCCUGCGUUCAAACUGCAGUCAACUCUUCCUUCAGUUAACUCCGCAUUCAAUCGUCGGUCAGCUCUUCCUUUCGUUAACCCUGAAGUUUGUCACCCUGUGUUCAAACUGCAGUCAAGUCAGUUAACUCUAGUCAGUUAACUGUCACUUCUUGUCAUCCUGAGGCUGCAUCAAGACGACCCUACGAUGCGAGGACUCCUUGUUGUUCCAGGAGCACUGUGUCUGUGGGAUUUGUGCUCGCUGAAGCAUGUGUGUGUGUGCUCCAUAGGCUUCACUUGGCUGGACUCUCCCUCCACUCUGUAGAGUGUGUGAUCAGUGAAGCCUCGACCCAGCAGAGCUGCUGCUCUAUGUCUCUCAGGCUGAUAGCAGGACAGACUGGUAUCAGGGUCUCCUAGGUCUGUGGACUCAGUGGUGACUCAGUUGACUGGACGAAGUAGCGGUUUAGCUGGGUCUGCUCUUGGAUUAACGUAGCAGGUGUAAAACAAAAGCCUGAAACUAGAUCCCCUUCAUACUGGUCUUGACGAGAAAAACGAAAACUGUUGGGAGAGGUUCUCUUCUGCACUGUUCAACCAAUACAGUAAAUGUGGAGGAGGAGUUAAUAUGGAGUGUCACCUUCUUAACAUCCAAAAGUGGAAGUCGCGUCACAGACUCUUUCAUUUCCCCUGAAACCAUAACAUCUGGUUGUUGGGGACUUGGCAGAGGCUAGCUGUUUGAUGGACAGACUGGACUAUGGACAGUGGACUCUGCCUCAGUGGAUCUUAUGCUGGGGCCAGAUACUAUACUCAGUCUUGAUAGUAUUCCAUUGGCUCGUACAGAGGGUAUUCACAGUCUUUGUCUAGUGGUAGUGGAUCUUGUUCCAAGAGGACCAGACAGUAAGUGUGUCCAGUGUGAUGAGUGGACCCUUGGCUCAGUCCUCCUCCCUGCUGUGGGACAGACCCCACUCUCCUUUGAGGUGUCAAUGACACCCCCCAAUAACCCCCUCCCCACAUGAGGCUGUGUGAGGCUCCAUGCACGCACCCCCUCAUCAUGGAGGUCAUCCUCAACCUGAUAACUGCUGACACCUCUCCAUCUCCCUCCCCCACCACCAUUGAGCGGUUGGAGGUGAGUGGCUUAGCUCAGACCCCCCAGGCAGUGUCGUGUGGGGAGGAUGGGUCUUUCUCUGGGGGUGAUGAUGGCACCCCGGACCCCCAGCGCACCAAGCAGGCCAUCGCCCAGCUGCAGCAGAAAAUCCUGAAGCUCACCGAGCAGAUCAAGAUUGAGCAGACGGCCAGAGACAACAACGUGGCCGAGUACCUCAAACUGGCAAACAACGCUGACAAGCAGCAGAGUGCACGCAUCAAACAGGUGUUUGAGAAGAAGAACCAGAAGUCAGCCCAGACCAUCCAGCAGCUGCAGAGGAAGCUGGAACACUACCACCGCAAGCUGAGGGAGGUGGAGCACAACGGCAUCCCUCGCCAGUCCAAGGACGUCCUCAGGGACAUGCAGCAGGGCCUAAAGGGUGUGGGAGCAAAGGUCACAGGCUUCAGCGAAGGUGUGGUGGACAGCGUCAAGGGAGGCCUCACCAGCUUCUCCCAGGCCACACACUCUGCUGCCGCCGGGGUCGUCUCCAAGCCACGAGAGAUCGCCUCGCUGUUCCGCAACAAGUUUGGCAGCGCCGACAACAUCCCCGGGCUGAAGGACUCCUUGGAUGACCCGUCAUGUGUUGAGGAGGGUUUGAUGGGGGCCGGGGGGAGGUCUCUGGGCCUCGCAGGCCACCACCAUCUACAGUCCAGCGAGGAUGACUGCUCCAGCGCUACCUCAGGGUCGGCAGGGGCCAACAGCACGACUGGGGCCCCCGGAGGCCCCCCCAGCUCCAGGGGCAACACCCUGGAGAGGAGCCAGAGCUCCAGCCUGGACAUGCUGCUGCAGGAAGUGCAGGAGCUGAGGGAAGGCCAGGGGAGACUAGAGGAGAGUCUGGAGGUACUUAAGAGCCACUAUCAGAGGGACUACACUGUCAUCAUGCAGACCCUACAGGAGGAACGAUUCAGGUGUGAGCGUCUGGAGGAGCAGCUGAAUGAUCUGACAGAGCUUCAUCAGAAUGAGAUCCUAAACCUGAAGCAGGAGCUGGCCAGCAUGGAGGAGAAGAUAGCCUACCAGUCCUACGAGAGAGCCAGAGACUCACAGGAAGCCCUGGAAGCGUGUCAGACACGUAUCUCUAAGAUGGAGUUGCAGCAGCAACAGCAGCAGGUGGUCCAGCUAGAGGGCUUAGAGAAUGCCACGGCCCGGACACUGCUGGGGAAGCUCAUCAACGUACUCCUGGCCCUCAUGGCCGUGCUCCUGGUGUUUGUCUCCACCGUAGCCAACUGUGUGAUACCCCUGAUGAAGACCCGCUCCCGGUCCUUCUCCACCUUCCUCCUCAUCCUGCUCUUCGCCUUCAUCUGGAGGAACUGGGACGCGCUGUCGGGCUGUUGCACGCACCGCGCCCUGCAGCCACCCAGAUGACCGCAUGAAGAGGUGUGGUUCUAUGACUAUGCAUGGGGGUGGAACUCUGUCCACACACACACAAGAAGCAGGAUCAGCCUAACUGCCAAUGGGAUGUGGUGGUUGUGUUGACGGACGCCGAGGAAUGAGCCUAUCUGUUGAGCUCAGUGAGGUGGGACUGAGGAGAAAGUGGAAGGAGGGAAGAUAAGAAUACUACUCAAUUCUGACAUAGGAAGAAUGAGACUGUUUACAUUUUUGGAGAUCAGAAAUUGUUUUUUUUCUUUCACAGGAUGCAUCCUGAUACUGUUUUAUUUCCUAGGAGUUAAUCAAGUAUAUUAUUGUCGUUAUUAUUAUUUCUAAUAUUAUUAUUUUUUUCUAUUUUUUAAACAUUUUUUAUUCAGUACCAUGUAGCGUUAAGCUCCUCCCACUCUGCACAACGAGGAGCUGUCAGGAAACUGAUUGGAAGUUCACCUCAGGCUCAGGCCCUCUGCAGAGAAAUGCUAUUCUGAUUGUCUGUCUUUCUGGAAGAAAGUGCUCUACCUGGCUGUUAUGGGUAGAAUAUAAAAAGAUGAAUGAAUGCCCUCGCACUUUUCCCCACACGAUGGCUUGAUUCUGAGAUGAGAAGGAACCUUUCUACCGAGGACUUUUUGUUUCCCGGACAAUACUUUGAGUGUCACGCCUAGGACUCCUCUUGCUUCCGUACAUCCUUUUCAAUUAAGAUAGAUGAUAUCAUGAAUGAUAAUGACUUCUAGAGUGUGGCAACAGCUUAGACAAGAGGGAGGGUUUAACAGUUAGGGCCAUUCGCCACAGAGCCACCAGAGACCAAAAGUACAAAAAAGGUCACUUUGCAGGAAAUGUGGAGUUGCCGUGAUACUGCCAUGCCCACCCAUUGUGUCAGCUGACGUCCAUGUUGAAAAGGAAUGCUGCUUUUGCCAGACAAAGACAACUGUAUCCACUGCCAUGGUAUUGUUGUUCGAUGCGCUGCCUGUAUUACGAAUGUGACUCACGCCAUCACUUACGGUUCUCUCUCUCCCUUUCACUCUCUUUUCAUCCCCAUGUUUCCUCCAAUAUUCUGUCCUAUGUGCCAAAACUCUGCCGUUGCACCUGGUUAAUAAAUAGGGAGGUUUUUAUGUUCUUUCUUUCUUUGGUAUGUAAAGAGAAAAUACCCAGCGCAGGUCAUAUAGCCUUAUGGGGAUGAGAGGCAAAAUGUCAAUUACACCCUAUUCCCUUUAUAGUGCACCACUUUCACAGUGUAUAAUGGAGAAUAAUGUGCCAUUUGUGAUACAAAACAUACAGUUCUCUUCGAUGAUCAGCCAAUUGUGCAUACGGCCUACUUGUAUGUCUCACCUUGGAUUUGAGGUGUAUAACAAAUAAUAUUAGCCUGGUUCCCAGAUCUGUUUGUGCUUUAUUAGCCAACUCCUCUGAUUCAUGGUCAUGACAUUGCAGAAGAAUUUACUAAACAAAGCACACACUGAUAUGGGACCAGGCUAACAGAAUAUACCUUAACAAGGCCACUUCUGAGUAAUUGCUCUGAGAAACUCACUGCUAAUGAUCUGAUGUGUGUUUCCUAAUCCGGGUCCUUGAUUACUGUUGAAUAUGAUGGCUCUCAAUCCAUUUUAUCCUCCCAUUCAUCUGUUCAAGGUCCUUCAGUCGACCUAGCUGACAUGAAUGAGUCCAUCUGAAGUCCAUUCUGCAGCUCCAUUAGGAGCUUGUUUGAAUAUAAUAACUGAUAUUGGGAAUUGCGUUCUGGGACAAGGAUAGAGGAACACUACAUUGGGGCGGCAGGGUAGCCUAGUGGUUAGAGCGUUGGACUAGUAACCGGAAGGUUGCGAGUUCAAACCCUGUCGUUCUGCUGCUGAACAGGCAGUUAAACCCACUGUUCCCAGGCUGUCAUUGAAAAUAAGAAUUUGUUCUUAACUGACUUGCCUGGUUAAAUAAAAUAAAAAAAUAAAAAAUGUCUUCCUAUACAUAGCCCACUUAGGCCUAUGUUCAGGAUCAAUGAAACAUAUUUAAACCAGAAAUUGCACUGAAUGUGUCUUGAUCUUGAAUGUGCCACAGGUGAAUGGCUCCUGAGUUCACUUCUGACUUUGGUGUGACCUUGCCGUGUCCUCUCUGGUGUUUGGUAGGGUAGAGUUGUGUACUAAACCACUCGAGUGCCUUCUGAUGUCCAUUUCUAAGUGUGGGACAAUAAAAGUGCAUUCCUGAUUAACUCCUGGCACUCUGACUUUGUGUGUGUGUUGCAUGUGUACCUAGACACGCACUCAUAGUCUUGUGUGUGUGUGUGUGUGUGUGUGUGUGUGUG